AUGACCCCUACAGAUCUACCUUUGGCUGCCCCAAUACGUGUCAACUUUGCUUUUGGCUCCAUUAAUCCGUUGACUUGCCAGGUUGUUACAAUAGACUCAGCAACUCCUGCUAGUCCGUUCAAAGACACCAUAAAUGUCAAGUCCAUCAAGGAGGACAUCUCUGUUUAUGUUAAUACUGGCGGCUGA